AUGUCUCGCUCAUUCAGAACAACACGAAGACGUUCUUCCGUAUUAGAGGAUGAUGUAACAAAAACACUGCUGGCAGCUAAAACACCUACCCCAAUUUCAAAACGCCGUGGAUCAGCCGUUUCGAUAGAAAGUCUCCAACCAUCGUCUCGCCGCAAUUCUAUAAUAAUGAUAGAUGCACCUAUACUAGCCACCGACUUUACAAACGGACAACACAAAGUACUAGAACUAACAGACACUUGCGAAUUUAUCAACGAUGUUCCGGCUGUGCUUAGUCUACCAAGUCCUCCAAAAAGUCCCGACUCUGAAAACGACGAAGACAUCGGGACAUUAUCACAACACGCUCAUCAGCGAUCAUUAUCCAUGUCUUCAGAUAAUCCAAUACCGUCAAUUGGUAAACCGACACAAAAGUUCGACUACCAUUAUGCCUACAAGCAAAGAUCAAAAAUGUCAACAAGAAAGUUGGAAAGUUUCUUUGGAGAAAAACCACCUCUCGAUAUCUGCAUGAAGGAGAUUGAGAAGGAAGGGCUAAAGGCGAUGCUCAAUUCUAAAAUACCCUUGUGUUAUUUCAUGUAUUCUUUAUUGGAAGAAUAUUCCGCAGAGAACUUGUUCUUCUUACUCGAAGUGGAACAAUACGAAUCCUUCGACUAUCUAUGUUCCAACCAGCAAUUCGCAACAGCACAACAUAUAUUCGUAACUUACCUUACACCAAAUUCACAAUUCGAAGUUAAUGUUGACGAUAAAGUACGAAAAUCAGUAAUAACUUCAAUAAAAAGUCAACAAAAUUUACGACAUUGUUUCAAUGAUGCAAAGAGAGCAGUAUUGGCCUUGCUCGAAGUUAGCUUUGCGCAAUUCAUGAGAAGCAAUGCGGCUGAUAUGAUGAAAAGAGAUAUAGGCGAAGCAACAACCCACUAUUCACCAGAAGCCAGAGACAACGCAAUCCUUCUCCUCCUUCGUUUUCUCGGCCGCCAAUCGCCUCUCUCUUCAGGUUCUGUCCCUACACCGGCACCCUCUGCUCCAUCUUCUCCAAUAACCUCGCCGACCGUCGCCAUCUCUCAACAUCGACAUCAGUUGGUGCGAACAAUGGUGUACGAGUUUGUUCGUGCGUUGCUAGACAUUGACGUCGAAACUUACUUCUCCGAAGGAAUAAGAAAUCGAUUCAAUGACCGAGGCGAAUCAAAAGGAAACUCUGUUGACAUGGGAACAUGGGAAGAGGAUAUGGAACUGUUUGGGGAAAAUGGAGUUGGGUGUGCUGGCGCAAAUGUUAAGCAUAGAAAGAGUGUCAAGGAAUUGAAUCCAUUUAAAAAGGGACAUUACCGAAACGGGCAUGGGCGGAGAUAA